GGUAACCUAAAUGUGGAGGCUGCAAAAUUACCCGUAAUCAAUUGAAACAGCGAGUGCGCGUCCCUCUGUGUGUCUAACAACUACAUGUCUCUGUAAUAAGGCAGACAUUAAAUCAUUUUGGAGUUGUACUGUUGAGUACCUGAUCACUGGGGCUCAGGGAAGCUGGACAGUCACAUUAGGACGCAGGGAUUGAGGAAGAAGCAAGCUGCCUUUCUGUUGGGAUCAAAGCCGACCCUUCCUGGCGAGAGGUGCUUUUCCAGAUCCUCACCGACCUGACCGCAGGCUGUGCAAUAUCCAAGACUUUCUUUUCUUUUCUUUUCUUUUCUUUUUUUUAUUGCAUUACAUGUUUGGGAAACAAGACAAAAUGGACGUUAGAUGCAAUUCAGAGGCUGAAGCGAACCGGGUCUCGAAGAACGGACAUAAAGAGGGCAAGGAAAGCAAAGGAUCUGAAGGAAAUAUUUCUACUUCUUUUUUGAAGGAUCAGCAAGGGACUUAUUCUGCCUCGGCCGUGUCAGAAGAUUGUAAUAAAAGUAAAUCUAGUUCUGCAGAUCCGGACUAUUGCAGGAGGAUCCUAGUUAGAGAUGCCAAAGGUUCAAUAAGAGAGAUUAUUCUGCCUAAAGGACUUGAUCUGGACCGCCCCAAACGGACCCGAACGUCUUUCACCGCGGAGCAGCUGUACCGGCUGGAGAUGGAGUUCCAGAGGUGCCAAUACGUGGUGGGACGGGAAAGGACCGAACUGGCCCGGCAACUCAAUCUUUCGGAAACUCAGGUAAAGGUCUGGUUCCAGAACAGGCGCACGAAGCAGAAAAAGGACCAAGGCAAAGACUCGGAGCUGAGGUCCGUGGUGUCGGAGACGGCCGCCACCUGCAGCGUCCUCCGGCUCCUGGAGCAAGGCCGGCUGCUCUCCCCGCCGGGCCUGCCCGGCCUCCUGCCCCCCUGCGCCACCAGCGCCUUGGGCUCCGCGCUGCGGGCCCCCGGCCUCAGCAUCGGCACCACGGGCACCACCAGCUCGGGCACCGCGGGCGGCUCCCCGCACCCGCCGGCGGUGAGCAGCGCGGCUGGGCCCCCUCAGGCUGCAGGACUCCACGCCUCGCCCAGCGCCGGCCAUAACCUCUUCAGCCUGCCGGUGCCCACCCUCCUGGGCUCGGUGGCCGGCCGCCUGGCCUCUAACCCCUUGACAAUGGCCGGAUCCCUGGCAGGGAACUUGCAGGAACUGUCAGCCAGGUACCUGAGCUCCUCCGCCUUUGAGCCCUACUCCAGGACCAACACUAAAGAAGGCGCUGAGAAAAAAGCCCUGGACUGACUCUGAGUAACGCUGUGUAUUUAUAUUUAUAGUAUCUAUUUGUGGGAAUAUUUAUGGAAUAAUGACACGUUAGCAUCUCAUCAGCCCUCCCUUCAUUCCCCACCUCCACACACCAUCCUGCCAUAGCAGCCCCCCAACGACCAUGCUUUCCUAGCCAGACUCGCUGCCGAAUGCAACAAGGGACGAAACUAUGUUUAGAGGAGAAACCAGGAAGUGGACAAACUCCUCACCCGAGUGUAGCAGCUAAAUAAACGGAUUCCAGACAAAACAGCCGGGAGGCACCGCUCUUAGUGAUGGAGACCCCUUUAUUUUAGCGUGGGAGGGUGUCAGGGAGGAAAGGCAGUUUGGGGGAGGUUUGCAGGCAGCUCAAAACCAAACAUUUUGACUGCAUUCUGAAGCACACCAAUGCAAACCUAACGAUUUUAUUUGGGGAACGAACUGAGGAGGAGCGGGGAAAUGGGAAGGGGGAGUUGUUUGCAGUUUAAUCAGAACCAUUUUGACUGCAUUCUGAAUUAAACCAACGUCAACCGAUGGGGAAGUCGAUUCCAAACAAACAGACAUAGAAAUGGAACCUUCAGGUGGAUUUAAAUGUGUCGUCAAGACUUCAGUGACUCUAAGCACAAAUUUGCUCAAGGUUUUGUGGCCCCAUAUAUGUAUAUGAUGACUGCACUACAUUAACCGUUUGGUAUCCUAGUUUUUAUUUAUAUUUGCCCUUGAUAUAGACCCACUCCAGAAAAAAAGUCUUAUCAACUUUUUUUAAAAAAAAAAUCUUGAAUCUUUUAAGGAUCGGAACAGACUGCCUUUAAAACCUGUGCAUUAAAUGCAGAUAUAGAAAACAGUGGCUUUAGAUUUGUUUUUAUUUAAAACAAUCUUUCACUUCGAGAUAAUGCAACGCCCCCUUUUUCUAGUUUCAAGAGCUAGUUCUUCGAACCAAAAACAACAUAAAAAUGUUGUAAAAGUAAACAUGUUAAAUAAGGAAAAGUAAGGGAGAGAGAGUGGCGUGAUUGCAUCUAUACCUAUUGUAAUGGCAGUUUUUUCGAAUUGAGUUUCUAAUGCUUUCAAAGUGUAUCCAAAUUAAACAUCUUUAGGUUCUCCUCCCUUCGUAAUACUCUCACAAAUUACUUUAUAUUUUACUUUCAUUUUGA